GACGUUUGCCCCGAGACCACAGCGCAAACACUGGCAUUCGUCGUUGUCAAUAUCUUAACGAAAACCACUGCAAAAUGGCGGUUAUCAAUGGCAGCACAGAACAAGGCCUCCUCGACAUACUCGAUGUCAUCAUGGAGCUGUCGGAUCAGCUAACACAACAUCGGUCAGAGUCCAUUGCGUUGCAUAGCAUGGCCGGCGCAGCAAAGACUCAGGCUGUUCAUUCGCAGACGGGCUUUGUUUUGAGGAGGUUUAAUUUAGACAAAUCCAAAGAGGCAUAUGAGAGCGAGCUCGAAUGCAUGAACGCGUCUCUCUCUGCCGAGAACCACGACCUCCAACACGAUAACAAGCAACUAAACUCGCUGAUCAAAGAAUAUGAGCAAACACUGGAGAAUGUGAUGAGCGCAUUCCGUAAUCGAGCUCGGGAUGUGCAAGAGCACGAACUAGCCUUGAUUCGUGACUAUGAAUCUAAACUACUUUCACGCGAGUUUGAAGAUGCCACUCGGGACCUUGGCGUCAGUACGUCACAGUCAGAAUCGUUGGCGCGGCUGUCAACAUCGCUACGUCAACUGAUGCGAUCGUUAAAUGGCGAGGAGGCACGGCCCAUAAUUGAAGAAGCUGAGAAUAGCGUGGAGCCAGUGCCAGAAGAUGAUUUCGCGCUGGAGCGUGAGUGCGAACUCGCGAGGCUCGAGAAGGAGAACCAGGUACUGCGACGUAUGCUGGGCGAGGAUGUGCAGGACGCGUUCCAUUAUGAAGCCAAACAGAUCGAGCUCCCGAAGAUGACGCCUAGCGUGGCUGGUAAGAAGAAGGGUAUGCUGGGCGGAGCUCCGGGAACUGUUGGGCCGUUUGGAACCUAUAAGAGGUUGCAUCCGGCGACUUGAUGAAAGACGAUUGUCGGGGUUGCGCUGUUGAUGUGAUUCCAUCAUCUUGGAUACGACCCAUCAUGAUGGAGACUUUUUCUUUUUGAAGUAUAUUUAUUCGCUAUCGGUGUAUGCUGCUUACAAGUGUUCCGUCCGGCGCUGUUCCAGUGCUCGUGGCCUUGUGGUAUUGCUCACACUGUUCGUAUUCUAUGGUCCGCGGAUAUUCAUUAAUGGCAGUAUUGCACACUUUGCAUCAACCAUCAUUCUGAUGGAAGACUAUCAUAAAGCGACUAUGUAUAGGUGCAGGAAGGAUGAAAGAUUGAAGCUAUGAAGAUGUCCCUGACGACUGGAGGCGCAUGCAGUAGCC